UGCGGCAGUGACGACGACUCUCCGUACACCCAUCACAGUACCAGGUACAGGUGCACGGACGGAAGUUACGCAUGGUACCAUCACCCACACGACUGAGACGACAACGACGGCAGUGACACCAGAGUUGACGCCGACGGUGACGACCGAGCCGGCACCGGUUGUCCCGACAGAGGCGUCGGUUUCAUUGACCCUGAGCGUUGUUCCCGUGGAACCGACGCCGGUAUUAUCGGGUAAUUUGACGACGACGGUGACGGUGACGACCACGCUGAUGGGCUCUGGGCGGAGACCGACGAUAGCGACGACUGGGUCGACGAAUCUUACUGCCACGUCCAUCCCGACCCCUACCCCUAGUCCCACAACCACGACUGCUACUGCUACUGCUACUGCUACUGCUACUGCUGCUACUACCACCACUACUACCACUACCACGACUACGAUUACUACGACUACGACUACGACUACUGCGGCUGCAACGAUCACGACGACCACGACGAAUAGUCCGACCACAUCGCAUCACACCCGAUCCACACGGAGCACGACCCCCUGGCUCCCCAGCACGAUCGUCCCGAUCACGGCCCCGCAGACGACCUCGACUCCCUCGCCUGGCACAUCCCUUCCGGACGUGGUGAUCCCGAACCUGCACCCGGACAUUCCUGAUGGCUCAUUCAACGUACAUCUGCGAUAUGAGCAUGUAUCGUACUAUCAGGUGAUCAACAAUGGUGUCCUCGCCGCCCAGCUCGUGUCGUUCAUUCCUGCACAGCUGAGUCAGGUCCUGGGAGUGGACUCGAGCUUGAUCCUCGUGCUGGCGAUCCGGGAUGGAUCCGAUCAGUCCUCGAUGAUGAACAAGAACCAGGUCAGCGGCAAAGGAGGAGAAGGGGCGAAGAGGAAGCGGGCGCUGGUGACGUCGACCAAUGUCGCGGACGCGAUUUUGGUCACUGUCGCGAUCCCUCGAACUCAGUAUUCGAACCUGGAGACCUUGGUCAAGGACAGGGAUAGUUCGCUCCAUAUCCCCGGCGCCGAUACCUUUGGACAGUACCUCGACCCGACUUAUCCGCUCAGUAACCGUCCCCCGACCUCGGGCUCGAACGGCAGUGGCGGCAACAGUGGCGGCAGCAAUGGCAGCAGCCGUGGCAACGGCAACGGCAGCGGCAGCGGAGGUGAUGAUGGAACCCAGGAUCCGAGUAUCGCGGACCCGUUGACGGGCGAUUCGGGGACGGUGACGCCGGGCUCGGGGGGGAAGAGUCAUGGACCGGUGAUCGGUGCGGUGGUCGGGUUGGCGACGGCAGCGUAUGUGGGGAUCGCGAUGGUGGUGGUGAGGAAGUAUAGGGCCAAGAAGGAGAAGGAACAGCAGCGACAGCAUGAACGAGAGGUCUUGCAGAGGAAUAUCUCGGGCCCGAUCGUCCAACAAGGUGAUAGCACCCAAGGAUGGGGCUGGCAUAACUCAUAAGGGACGUUUAUUUAUUUUUAUUUUAUUAUAUUUAUUCAUAUAUCGCUCCCUCGAACCUGGGUUCCUUUUUCCUUUUCCUUUCCUCCAGAAACCCCCCUCCCAAAACGCAUACCAUUUAUACACGAUUCUAGCUAAUGACUUUAAAAAAAAAAGAAAAAGAAAAACAACUAAUCCGAUCCGAUAAUUUAUAUAAUAAAGAGCAGGCGAGAAAUGCUGCUGUGAAG